UCAAAAACAUUUCAGGUGAUCAACCUUGUGCUUAUAUUCAACACUAGUAAUUGAAAACGGGUAAAAGGCAACUCAACAAAAAUGAACAUAGAAUUGACGUGUUCAUCAACGAGUAAACAAUGAUUUUGAUAAGUGUCAUUCAAUUCUUCAUUCCGGUGGCUCUCGUUACGGAAACCCAUAGUAUUUCCUUCCUUGCCAAAUAUAAAUACAACUCAACGUUACAAGUGCUCACAAGAAAUGGGAUAGUUCAAGGAAAACAAGUGUACUCGGAUGAUGGAUCUUCCUACAUUGGGUAUUACGGUAUACCGUAUGCUGCUCCUCCAUUGAAAUCCUUGAGAUUUAGGAAUCCCCAUCCGGUAAAGAGAUGGAGAGGAGUUUUAGAUGCGACCAACUUCCAAUCCGGAUGCAUUGAAACACAAAUCAGAUUGAAAGGAAAUAUUUUGAAUGUUCUUGGGUCAGAAGAUUGUUUAUACAUCAACGUUUUCACACCAGUUAAAAAGCCCAGUCAGGACAGCUAUCCAACCAUAUUCUACAUAUAUGGCGGGGCAUUCGUCGAAGGACAAUCCCAUAUAUACAAUCCUGAUUUUCUAAUUCAACAGGAUCUCAUCGUCGUCACUUUCGACUUUCGAAGUGGUCUUUUUGGUUUUCUAAGCACAGAAGACGAGUCGUCGUAUGGCAAUUAUGGACUAAAAGACCAGCACGCAGCAUUAAAAUGGGUGAAUUCCAAUAUCAAACAAUUCGGUGGUGAUCCUGAUCAAGUUACCAUGACGGGACAUAGUUCAGGAAGCAUAAGUGCUAUGUAUCAAAUGAUUUAUCCAAAAUCUUGGGGUCUCUACAACAGAGUUAUAUGCCUGAGCGGAGAGGUUACCGCUGAGCUAGGCCUUCAAAAAUUUCCCAGAAAAACAGCUUUCAAUGUCGGUCUUAGUCUUGGUAUCAAAACUGAUAAUUCGACUGAGUUGGUCGAGAGACUACGUCAAAUGGACAUCGAACAGUUGAAACAGGCACAAACGAAGGUCGUGAUAGCGGGUACUCCAAACCUGCUAGAGAACGGUUUACUAUUCACUCCAGUCAUAGAAAAAGUUCACAACGAUGCUUUCAUUUCAAAGCCUGCUAUUGAACUCCUCAGAAAUGGAGAAUUUGCAAGAGUCCCUAUGAUUACUGGAAUGACUACAAACGAGGCAAAUUCCAUUGCUGGAUUCAUCCACAUUAUCCGUUUUGUUCUACUAUUGUACGAGUGGAGUCCAGGUUUAUUUCCGAAUCAACUGAAUAUAAAAUCUUUAAUAAAGCGACGUGAAGCUGCAAAGAAAAUUAGAAGAAAAUAUUUCAAAUCUGGUAGUUUCGUCGAGGCUACCGAUGAUGAACUAGCGCAGAUUUUAUCAGACCUACUCUAUACAAGACCAAUCACUAGCAGUGCCAUCAUCAUGUCUGAAUAUAUUCCUGUUUACUUUUAUAUAUUUGGUUAUGAAACGAAUUAUACGAAGCUGUAUUUGAAAGAAGGGGGCUUUCCAGUGGACAUAUCUCUGAAUGGAGUGGGGCACAUUGAAGAUUUAUCAUUUGUCUUCAAAUAUGAAAAUCAGACAUUACCUCCAGAGGGGAGGGAAUUGUCAAAAAGGAUUACGAAAAUAUGGUCCAAUUUUGCAAGAUAUGGAAAUCCAACACCAACAGUCGAUCCGUUUUUAUAUAACAUAACUUGGCCACAGAUUUCACCUGAUUCCAAGCACGUUUCUCAUUUGAGAAUAGAUUCAAACUUCAGUAUUGGUGAAAAUUUCAGGAUGGAAUACGUCGACUUCUUAAAUCAGCUGAAAAACGUUAAUAAAUGAAUUUCAAUGCCAAA